AUGUCAGAAUCACCAACUCCGAGUAUCAUGCUGGACUAUUCUUCAUUACAUAGCAACUUGGCGCCACACUUUCUCGGAUUAAAUUCAGUCUCCAAAGCUGAACCUUCAAAAGUCACCGAUUUUGUCAAAUCACAUCAAGGACACACAGUGAUAACCCGAAUUUUAAUUGCCAACAAUGGUAUUGCAGCCGUCAAGGAAAUCAGAUCGGUUAGAAAAUGGGCUUAUGAAACAUUUGGAGAUGAAAGAGCUAUACAGUUUACAGUUAUGGCAACUCCAGAGGAUUUGGAAGCAAACGCGGAGUAUAUCAGAAUGGCAGAUCAGUUCGUUCAAGUACCAGGUGGCACAAACAAUAAUAACCACGCUAAUGUUGAUUUGAUUGUGGAUAUUGCCGAAAACACCGAUUGCCAUGCUGUAUGGGCUGGGUGGGGUCACGCUUCUGAAAAUCCCCUUUUGCCAGAAAGGUUAGCAGCAUCUCCAAAAAAAAUUAUAUUUAUUGGACCACCAGGGUCUGCUAUGAGGUCUUUAGGGGACAAGAUUUCGUCAACUAUCGUUGCACAACAUGCCAAUGUCCCUUGUAUUCCAUGGUCAGGAACUGGUGUUGAUGAAGUUUGCGUUGAUCCCGAAACUAACUUGGUUUCUGUUAGUGAUGAGGUUUAUGCUAAAGGCUGUUGUACAGGUCCCGAAGACGGGUUGGAAAAGGCGAGAAAAAUUGGAUUCCCAGUUAUGAUUAAAGCCUCCGAAGGUGGUGGUGGUAAAGGUAUCAGGAAGGUUGAAAGCGAGGAAAAUUUCACCACAUUGUACAACCAAGCUGCCAAUGAGAUUCCUGGUUCACCAAUAUUUAUCAUGAAGCUCGCUGGUGAUGCAAGGCAUUUAGAAGUCCAAUUAUUGGCUGAUCAAUACGGAACAAAUAUUUCCUUGUUCGGUAGAGACUGUUCUGUUCAAAGAAGACAUCAAAAAAUUAUCGAAGAGGCCCCUGUCACUAUUGCCAAGAAGGAGACUUUUACCGAGAUGGAGAAAGCUGCCGUCAGAUUGGGUAAGUUGGUGGGGUACGUUAGCGCCGGUACUGUUGAAUACUUAUAUUCCCAUGCCGAGGACAAGUUUUAUUUUCUUGAAUUGAAUCCAAGAUUGCAAGUUGAACAUCCUACAACUGAAAUGGUCACUGGUGUCAAUUUACCAGCAGCUCAAUUACAAAUUGCUAUGGGUAUUCCAAUGCACAGAAUUAGAGACAUUCGUACUCUUUACGGAGCCGAUCCUCAUUCUGCUACUGAAAUCGAUUUCGAAUUCAGUACUGAAAAUGCAGUGGUCAGUCAAAGAAGACCAUCACCAAAGGGUCACUGUACUGCUUGCCGUAUCACUUCUGAAGAUCCCGGUGAAGGAUUCAAACCUAGUGGAGGUUCCUUACAUGAAUUGAAUUUCAGAUCCUCAUCCAAUGUUUGGGGUUACUUUUCAGUCAGCAACCAAUCAUCUAUUCACUCGUUUUCUGACUCACAGUUUGGUCAUAUUUUUGCCUUUGGUGAAAACCGUCAAGCUUCAAGAAAGCACAUGGUUGUGGCAUUGAAAGAGUUGAGUAUUCGUGGUGAUUUUAGGACCACAGUGGAGUACUUGAUUAAAUUGUUAGAAACUCCCGAUUUUGAAGAUAACACUAUCACCACAGGAUGGUUGGACGAGUUAAUUACAAAGAAGUUGACAGCUGAGAGACCUGACCGUACUGUUGCUAUUGUUUGUGGUGCCGUGACCAAAGCACAUAUGCAAGCAGAGGAAGAGGAAAAAGAGUACAUCCAAUCAUUGGAACGUGGUCAAGUCCCUCAUAAAAACUUGUUGAAAACUAUAUUCCCCGUGGAGUUUAUUUAUGAAGGCGAAAGAUUCAAGUUUACUGCAACGAAGUCAUCUGAUGAUACCUACACGUUGUUCCUUAAUGGUUCCAGCUGUACAGUUGGUGCACGCCCCUUGUCUGACGGUGGGUUGUUAUGUGCAUUGGGCGGAAAAUCUCAUGCCGUUUAUUGGAAAGAGGAGGCAGCAGCAACAAGAUUAUCGGUUGAUGGAAAGACAUGCUUACUUGAGGUUGAAAAUGACCCCACUCAAUUAAGAACUCCAUCACCGGGAAAGUUGGUCAAGUAUUUGGUUGAAAGUGGAGAUCACAUCAACGCUGGUGACACUUUUGCUGAAAUCGAAGUUAUGAAAAUGUGCAUGCCAUUGGUGGCUCAAGAGAAUGGUGUUGUUCAAUUGAUUAAGCAACCGGGAUCCACUGUGAAUGCUGGUGACAUGCUUGCUAUUUUGGCUUUGGAUGAUCCAAGUAAGGUCAAACAUGCAAAACCCUUUGAAGGAACAUUACCCGACAUGGGUGCACCAAAUGUUCGUGGUUCAAAACCUGCCCACAAGUUUAACGAUUAUUCAGCCAUUUUGAGGAAUAUCUUGGCUGGAUACGAUAAUCAAGUCAUUAUGAAUGCGACAUUGAAAAAGAUUGUAGAGGUUUUGAAGGAUAGAGAAUUACCCUACUCUGAAUGGCAACAAUGUAUAUCAGCAUUGCAUUCUAGAUUGCCUAUAAAGUUGGAUGAAUCCUUGACCUCAUUGGUGGAAAGAUCCAAGUCCAGAAAUGCUGAUUUCCCUGCUCGUCAAAUAUUGAAACAAAUUAAUAAAGCAGUUCUGGAGGAGGCAUCAUUGAAGGAUACCGUAUCACCUUUAAUUGUCAUUGCCACCAGAUACGAAAAGGGUUUAGUGGAACACGAGUAUGAUUUCUUUGCAUCUUUGAUUGAUGAAUACUACAAUGUUGAAAGCUUGUUUGUGGGACCAAAUGUCAGAGAAGAUGACGUGAUUUUGAGAUUACGAGAUGAAAACAAAUCCGAUUUGAAGAAAGUUAUCAGCAUCAGCUUGUCCCAUUCAAAAGUGUCGGCAAAGAAUAAUUUGAUCAUAGCCAUACUUGAGGAAUAUCAACCGUUGUUGCAAUCGAAUUCAUCGGUUGCAGCUUCAAUCAGAGACUCUUUGAAGAAGUUGGCACUGUUGGACUCACGUGGGUGUGCCAAGGUUGCAUUAAAGGCGAGAGAAAUCUUGAUUCAAUGUUCAUUGCCUUCAAUUAAGGAAAGAUCUGAUCAAUUGGAACACAUCUUGCGGUCAUCUGUAUUGCAAACUUCUUAUGGAGAAAUGUAUGCCAAACAUAGAGAGCCAGAUUUGGAUAUUAUUCAAGAAGUUGUCGAUUCAAAGCACAUUGUGUUUGACGUUUUGUCGCAAUUUUUUGUAAACUCUGAUGAAUGGGUUGCCAUUGCUGCUGCAGAGGUGUAUGUCAGACGUUCGUACCGUGCAUACCAAUUGGGCAAAAUUGAAUACGACUUCCACGAUCAGUUGCCCAUAAUUGAGUGGAAGUUCAAGUUACCAAGCAUUGCCAAUUCUAGAUUUAACGCUAUUCAACAACCAGCCAGUGACGAGGAAAAUACAGCAAUGAAGCAUUCGGCAUCAGUAUCUGAUUUAUCAUUUGUUGUUGAUUCAAAGACAGAUCAGAUGGAAAGAACUGGUGUUUUGGUUCCUUGUAGACAUCUUGAUGAUGUCGACGAUAUGUUGACCGCCGCAUUGGAAAAACUUCAACCAAGUGACGCUUUAACCUUCCAGGCCGGGGAGGAACAAACAGAGUUGCUUAAUGUACUCAAUGUUGUAAUCAACAACAUCGACGGUUAUGGAGACGAAAACGAAUAUUUGGCAAGAGUCAAAGAUCUUUUGGAGGAGUACAAGGAUGAUUUAGUCAAGGCUAGUGUGCGCCGUAUUUCCUUUGUAUUUGCCCAUCAAGUUGGUUCAUAUCCAAAGUACUAUACAUUCACUGGCCCUGAUUACUUGGAAAAUAAGGUUAUCAGACACAUUGAACCGGCAUUGGCUUUCCAAUUGGAGUUGGGAAGAUUAGCAAACUUUGACAUUAAACCAAUUUUUACAAACAACAGAAACAUCCAUGUUUAUGAAGCUGUGGGAAAGAAUGCACCAUCCGACAAGAGAUUCUUUACAAGGGGUAUCAUCCGAACCGGUGUGAUCAAAGACGAUAUAAGCAUCUCCGAAUAUUUGAUUGCCGAAUCCAAUAGGUUAAUGAGUGACAUCUUGGACACUUUGGAGGUGGUUGAUACAUCCAAUUCAGACUUGAAUCACAUCUUUAUUAAUUUCUCAAAUGUUUUCAAUAUUCAACCAGCUGAAGUUGAAGCGGCAUUUGGUUCCUUUUUGGAGCGAUUUGGUAGAAGGUUAUGGAGGUUGAGAAUUACUGGAGCUGAAAUUAGAAUUGUGUGUGCUGACUCUAAAGGUAAUGCCCUUCCACUUCGUGCUAUCAUCAAUAACGUCUCUGGUUACGUUGUCAAGUCGGAUCUUUACUUGGAGAUGAAGAAUGCUAAAGGAGAUUGGGUAUUCAAAUCAAUUGGCCACCCAGGACCUAUGCACUUGAGACCAAUUUCAACAACCUACCCAGUGAAGGAGUCCUUGCAGCCAAAGCGUUACAAAGCCCACAAUAUGGGAACAACUUACGUCUACGACUUCCCUGAACUUUUCCGUCAAGCAACGCUUUCCCAAUGGAAGAAGUACGGUCAAAAGACACCUAAUGACGUGUUUACAUGGUUGGAAUUAAUCUCAGAUGAAAAUGGUGGAUUAACUGCUUUGGAAAGAGACCCUGGUUCCAACAAAAUUGGUAUGGUUGGGUUCUUGGUUACCGCAAAAACUCCGGAAUACCCUCGCGGACGUCAAUUUGUCAUUGUUGCAAAUGACAUUACCCACAAAAUUGGUUCCUUUGGUCCUGAGGAGGACAAGUUUUUCAACAAGUGUACCGAGCUUGCAAGAGAAAAAGGCAUACCUAGAAUCUAUCUUUCUGCCAACUCAGGUGCGAGAAUUGGCAUAGCAGAAGAAUUGAUUCCGUUUUUCCAAGUUGCUUGGAAUAAGGAAGGAUCACCCGAGGAAGGAUUCAAAUAUUUGUACUUGACACCGGAAGCCAAACAUGCAUUGGACGAAGAUGGUAAAAGCGACUCAUUGGUCACAGAAAGAGUUGUCGAGGAAGGGCAAGAACGUUACGUUAUCAAAGCAGUUGUUGGUGCUGACGAUGGAUUGGGUGUCGAAUGUCUUAGGGGUUCCGGAUUAAUUGCUGGUGCAACAUCAAGAGCUUACAAGGAUAUAUUCACUAUUACUUUGGUAACCUGUAGGUCAGUCGGUAUUGGUGCCUACUUGGUCAGGUUGGGACAAAGAGCUAUUCAAGUUGAAGGGCAGCCAAUUAUUUUGACAGGUGCUCCCGCAAUCAACAAAAUGUUGGGUAAGGAGGUGUACUCGUCCAACUUGCAAUUGGGUGGAACCCAGAUCAUGUACAGAAAUGGAGUUUCGCACUUGACAGCUAACGAUGAUUUGGAAGGUGUUGAAAAGAUUAUGGAGUGGUUAUCGUAUGUGCCAGCUAAGCGUGGAAUGCCGGUGCCAAUAUUGGAUUCUGAAGAUUCAUGGAACAGAGAUGUCGAUUACUUCCCACCAAAGCAAGAACCUUUUGAUGUUAGAUGGAUGAUUGCUGGUAAAGAGACUGAAGAUGGCUUCGAAUCGGGAUUGUUUGAUAAGGACUCUUUCCAAGAAACAUUGUCUGGAUGGGCGAAAGGUGUUGUUGUUGGAAGAGCACGUCUUGGGGGUAUACCUAUUGGUGUUAUUGGAGUUGAAACCAGAACGGUUGACAAUUUGAUUCCUGCAGAUCCCGCAAACCCUGAUUCUACUGAAACACUUGUUCAUGAGGCUGGUCAAGUUUGGCAUCCAAAUUCUGCUUUUAAAACUGCUCAAGCUAUCAAUGAUUUCAAUCAUGGUGAACAACUUCCUUUGAUGAUCUUGGCUAAUUGGAGAGGAUUCUCUGGUGGUCAAAGAGAUAUGUACAAUGAAAUUUUGAAAUACGGAUCGUUCAUUGUUGAUGCUUUGGUUGAUUUUGAGCAACCAAUCUUCACAUAUAUACCUCCAUUUGGUGAGUUGAGAGGUGGUUCAUGGGUCGUUGUGGACCCAACAAUCAAUGAAGACAUGAUGGAAAUGUAUGCUGAUGUCGAUUCAAGAGGUGGUGUUUUGGAAGCCGAAGGUUUGGUUAGUAUCAAGUAUAGACGUGAUAAGUUGUUAGCUACAAUGGAGAGAUUAGACACAAAAUAUGCUGCGUUGAAAUCAAAAAUGAAUGAUACAUCGUUGACUCCGGAAGAGCACGCAGAAGUUAGCCGCAAAUUGACAGCCAGAGAAAAGAAAUUGUUGCCGAUAUAUCACCAAGUGUCAAUACAGUUUGUUGACUUGCAUGAUAGAUCUGGGCGUAUGUUGGCAAAGGGUGUGAUUAGCGGUGAGGUCAAAUGGUCAGAUGCCAGGCGUUUUUUCUUUUGGAGAUUGCGCAGAAGAUUGAACGAGGAGUAUGUGUUGAAAAUGAUUGGAACACACCUCAAGAAUGCCAGCAAGUUGGAAAAAGUGGCACGUUUAAAGAGUUGGAUGCCUUCUGUCAAUUAUGAAGAUGAUCAAGAGGUAAGCAACUGGAUUGAAGAGCACCACAGCAAAUUGUCAAAGAGAUUGGAGGAGUUGAAGCAUGAUGCAACAAGGGCUGAUUUGAUGAAGUUGUUGAAUACCGAUUCAAGUGCAGCCUUGGCCGCCGUGAAGGAGUUUGUUGAAAAACUUCCACAAGAUAGUAAGACUGACUUUUUAAAUUCUUUAUAG